UGCUGCUUCCACUACUGCUCCGGCGCGGCGAGGCGAGGUGGCCAGCGGAGUACAGGUAGAUGGAGCUGGCUCUCGGCUCGGCGGCUUCGCUCCUCGGCAAGGUGUGGACGACGCUGUCCGACGGCCUGGUGGCGGCGUACGUGGACAGCCUCGAGCUCGGCCACAACUCGGACCAGAUCAAGGACAAGCUGCUGCAGACGCAAGGCCUGCUGCACAACGCCCAGGCCCAGGGGAGCCACGUCGGCGACAACCUUGCCCUGCAGCGCUUGCUGGAGAAGCUGAGAAGGGACGCCGACCAGGCAGAGGACUUGCUCGAUGAGGUCCACUACUUCCACAUCCAUGACAGGCUCCACAGCACCAACUACGCCACCACCCAAGAUCUGGACGGCCUUGUCCGCGGUCAAACUCUCCACGCCCGUAGUGCUCUUCGCCACACCCUAGGCAGUUGGUUCCAGUGUUUUUCUUGCUCCCGUACACCCAAGACCAAUAGGGAUGGUGGUGAUGCUGCUGCUGCUGCUGUUGCCAGUGCACCACGCCACGUCACCAACUCCAGUUCUGCUGCUGCUGCUGUUGCCGGCGUCACCAACUCCAACUCUGCUAGUGCUGAUGAUGGUGAUACGCUGCGUUUCGACAGAGUGUCCAUGUCCAGAGAAAUCAAGUCCCUGUUACAGGGCAUGCAGUCCCACUGUGAUUCAGUAUCCAAUUUGCUCAGCAGUACCCCAAUCAACAACACGGCAGUUGUCCGACAUCGGCCUCAGACUGGUUCCAUGAUUAUACAAGACACAUUGUAUGGCAGGACAGACACUAUUGAGGAAACUGUCAAUCGUAUCACCGAUACUGGUGCCACAAAGACUGUUUCAGUUCUUCCUAUAGUUGGUCCAGGGGGUAUUGGAAAGACAACUUUCACCACUCACUUGUACAAUGAUGCAAGGACUCAAGAGCACUUCCAAGUCAGGGUCUGGGUAUGUGUAUCCACAGAUUUUGAUGUGCUUAGGCUCACCAAGGAGAUACUUACCUGCAUACUUGCAGCUCAAGAAGAAAAAAACAGCGGUGUUGCAAAUGAAACAACCAAUUUAGACCAGCUUCAGAAAUCCAUAGCACAACGUAUCAAGUCCAAGAGGUUUCUGAUUGUAUUGGAUGAUAUAUGGAAAUGUGACAGUCAGGAUCAGUGGAAAACCCUGUUAGCUCCGUUCACAAAGGGGGAUACCAAAGGAAGCAUGCUACUUGUCACAACUCGAUUCCCAAAGGUAGCAGACAUGGUGAAAACAGUUGAUCCACUAGAGCUGCGAGGUUUGGAGUCUAAUCACUUCUUCACAUUCUUUGAAGCAUGUAUAUUUGGUGAAGACGACAAGCCUGAGCAUUACAAAGAUGAGUUAGCUGGUAUUGCACAAAAUAUUGCAAAUAAGCUAAAGGGUUCCCCGCUAGCAGCCAAAACAGUUGGUAGACUAUUACACAAGGACCUUUCUCAGAAACAUUGGAAUGGAGUUCUUGAAAAGGAUGAGUGGCUAAAGCAGAAAAAUAAUUAUGAUAUCAUGCCAUCUUUAAAGAUUAGCUAUGAUUACCUCCCUUUUGAUCUGAAGAAAUGUUCUUCCUAUUGUGGCCUUUUCCCUGAAGAUCAUGAGUUUACUUCUUCAGAAAUCAAUCAUUUCUGGGUUGCAAUAGGCAUCAUAGACUCUAAUCACCAAGCCGAUAGGAAUUACUUGGAAGAAUUAGUGGACAGUGGUUUUCUCAUGAAGAAAUUUAAUUGGUAUGUAAUGCAUGAUUUAAUGCAUGAGCUAUCUAAGACUGUUUCUGCACAAGAAUGCCUCAAUAUAAGCAGCUUAGAUUUCAGAGCUGAUGCCAUCCCACAAUCUGUUCGGCACUUAUCUAUCAACAUAGAAGACAGAUAUAUUGCAAAUUUUGAGGAAGAAAUGUGUAAACUAAGGGAGAGGAUAGACAUCGCUAAUCUGCGAAGUUUGAUGAUUUUUAGAGAAUAUGAAGAAGAAAGAAUCGCCAAGCUUUUGAAAGAUAGCUUCAAGGAAAUAAAUAGUCUGCGUGUCCUAUUUAUAGUGGUGAAGUCUGCACAAUCUUUUCCAUAUAGGUUUUCAAAACUUAUUCACCUCGAGUACCUCAAAAUUAGUUCGUCUUACAAUGAAGAUAAAAUGAGCUUACCUAGUACACUAUCAAGAUUUUAUCACUUGAAAUUCUUGGACCUAGAUGAUUGGUGUGGUACUUAUGUGGACCUAGAUGCCAAACUGAUGUCGAAAAGGAAUCUGAAGGAGUUGGAAUUACUCUGGGGCAGAGAUGGACCAACUACAGAUGCUGAUAUUCUUGAUGCUCUUCAACCACACUCUAAUCUUAGAGCACUUACAAUUGCAAAUCAUGGUGGUGUCGUUGGUCCUAGUUGGUUGUGUCUUGACAUCUGGUUAACAAAUUUAGAGUCUCUCAUUCUAGAAGGCAUAUCUUGGAGCACCCUCCCACCUUUUGCGAAGCUACCAAAUCUCGAGGACCUCAAAUUGAAGAAAAUUCCUGGAAUGCAUCAGUUUGGGCUUGGAUGUGGUGGCGCUCCAGGCAAAUGUUUUAUGCGCUUGAAGACAGUUAAGUUUUGUGAAAUGCCAGAUCUUGCUGAAUGGGUUGUGGAACCUAAUUGCCAUUCCUUUCCAAGUCUUGAAGAAAUCAUAUGCGUCAAUUGUCCCAAUCUCCGUGUGAUGCCCUUGUCAGAGGUAUCCUUCACCAAUUUGCGCAGACUUGAAGUUUCUGGGUGCCCCAAGAUGUCUCUGCCCUCCAUGCCUCACACCUCCACACUGACAGAUUUGGUUAUUAAAACAGGUAAUUCAAGAAGUUUUUACAAAUUUCUGCGAGAUGAUUUAGGGACGUUGUUGUCUUAUGAUGGAAAGAAAUUGGUUGUUAGAGGGUAUGGCGGUGCUUUGGCCUCCCACAAUCUGGAUAAAGUAGAAGAUAUGAUUGUCGGAAGAUGCGACGGUUUGUUCCCUGAAGAGCUGGAUGGCAGUUUUGUCUUCCAUUCAGUUAAGAGUCUCGAAUUACAUGUAUCUCAUCUUACCAGCAAAUCAUCUUCAGAAGUAUUAAACUGUUUCCCGGCUCUUUCUGUGUUGAAGAUUGAUGGCUAUAAGGAGGAAUGUGGAAUGCAGUUCCCAUCAUCCAGCUCACUGCAGGAACUUACCUUCUCAUACUGUAAGGAGAAUGGAGGAGGAAUUCAGGAGGACAACUCAUUGCUACAAUCAUUAACAAUAUCCUGCUGUGGCGAAUUGUUCUGUCAGUGGCCCAUGGAAGAAUCAGGAGGAGCUCAGACCAUUUGCCCAUUCCCUGCUUCCCUGAGGAAACUUGAUGUUGAGGAAGAGCCAAGCAUGAAGUCAAUGGGUCUGCUCUCAAACCUCACGUCUCUCACCACUCUAAGCCUAAAAGAGUGCAGUAAUUUAACAGUGGACGGAUUCAAUCCUCUCAUCGCAGUCAACCUCAUAAAACUGCAAGUGCAUAGGUGCAACACCUUAGCAGCAGAUAUGCUCUCAAAGGUAGCCUCUCAGAGGGCCAAAUUAUUAUUGCCUGCAGGUUACAUCUCUAGAUUGGAGGUGCUCAGGGUGGAUGACAUCUGUGGAUUGCUUGUUGCUCCUAUUUGCAACCUCCUCGCCCCGGCCCUCCACACACUUGAAUUCGAGUCCGAUGAUGAGUGGAUGGAAGGCUUCACGGAAGAGCAAGAGAAAGCGCUGCAGCUCCUCACCUCCCUCCAGAAUAUAACAUUUUUCGACUGCCGGUGUCUGGAGUCCCUUCCUAAAGGGUUACAUCGCCUUUCUUCUCUCAAGGAGUUGCGUGUCGUUGACUGUCAAAGAAUGAUAUCAAUGCCCAAGGAGGGCCUCCCGGUUUCGCUGAGAAAACUAGAGAUGCGUGGUUACUGGGCUCCUUGGCUAGACAAGCAAAUUGAGGAAAUCAAAAGAACCUACCCAGAUUUAUCCGUCACGUAUACCCAAGUUGGCAAACCUGCACAUUAAUCAGUAGGUCCGGUGCGAGAUACAACCGACUCUUCAUUCUGCUGACCAUUUCAGUGUUGGAUACCGGGCACUGCAACAGUGUGGACAUAAGUUGUGAAUCCUUUCAGCAAUGCAAUCCUUUCAGCAGUGUGGACAUGUCGUUUGUGGAUCACGAUUACAUGAUCGAUAUUUCUCUGCAACUCAAAUCUGCCGGUUAAGUUUCUGUUCCGUACAUGAAAUAAAAAAAGGGCGUGCAAGACAUCACUCACUUGGUGCGGAUCAAGAUGAAUACUUCAGUCAUAGCUGCAAUAAUAUGUUUGACAGGCUUGUGCUCCUUUUUCGCAUGAAGCAGCAGGACUGAACAGAACAGGCCAAUUUAACUGUUGGCAUCAGUAGGAGGAUGCUGCUUUGUAAAGGCUCAUAUAUCAGAUAUAUGUAGCAGAGAGGGCUGUCUUCUUGUCUUGGUGGUGCAUUUAUUUUCUUUACAGAAUGGUGUGGAUGUAACCUUCCUACUAUUAUCGUGAAGUGAAAUUGAAUUGAGUUACACUCUACAAGGGAGAAUGCUUCCCAAUAUUUGUUUGAUUCUUGAAUAUGUUUAGCCUGAUACUGAAUUAUUCCUGUAGUACUCUGACUAUUAUUUGGUCAACCACCAAGUUUAGUUUAUGCUGGGGCAGAGUACCCUGACUAUUGUACCCAGCUACUACUCACAGAAAAGAACAGUAAUGUACCCAGGUACGUACAAUCUUGCAGGGAGAUUGCAUUUAUACAGGUUUAGGUUUCAUUGGCUGGCAUUCAUCCUUGCAGCGAAUUUCACAGCUGAUUCAGAACAUACAUAGCUCUCGUAUCUAAACAAACAAACAAACAAAUAGAAGUGAACAGGGCAAUUGUCUGUGUUGAUAUGCUGAAAGGUGAGUACGUACUUGACACUUUGUUCUCAUUUCAUUUUUGGGUUUUCCCUACUACCUAAUAUAAUGCUCAAAUAGGAGUGUUGUGCACUGCAACAUUGUAAGCUUGGUAGGAAAAUUUAGGCCUCCUGAGUAGCUGAGUUAUUCGUAUAGGACAAAUUGUUGACGGAGUGCAGCAUGUCUGAAGCAACGAGGAGUGUUUUGGUUAUGCUGGUGCGGAGAAGCGAUCGAAAGCAUUGUGUCGUACCAUGCAUCUUGUGCAGAGAUGGCACAGGCUGAGGUUUCACACCAAUUACAGUGAUUGAUCCUUGGCUGUAAGGUAAGGUAACGAAUGACUGGCUGUUACACCAAUUACAUUUCCGAGGAGUUACCUAUUAUUCCAGCUUGUUCAUCAUUGUCUGACCCAAGUAAGAAUAGUUGAUUACUCGAAUUAUGCAGACCAAGUUGGUUACAGUGCACUAGUGAAUGUUGCACUUGGUCUUCAAUACGUACGUACAAGCUAAUUACUAUGGUAAAUGAAGCACAGGUGAAUGUUGAAGUAGCCGUGGAGUCCAUCAGGCGGUGGCUUUCUUGUUCAAAUUUCCAAGAUGGUGCAGGUGUUCCUCUCAUUUGGGUGGGCACGAUACACGCCUGCUUCCUAAUUUGAGGGCUUUGUGCUGCAAUGGUGAUGCGGUAUGCAGCAGAGAACAGAACAGAGCAGCGAACAGCCUCGCACGCACCACUUGACAAGAAAUUUUUGUGUAUUCGCCGGCCUCUGUAAAUUGAUGAGUUGGUACUGUAGAAUUGUGUAUUUUCUAGAUAGAGUAGAAGAGUAAAUUCGUUCCGUUUUGGAACAAGUAGAAACUCUAUGGCAUGGCCAACCAUCUUCCACUUCCUCUGAGAAUCCUUAACAGCGAGGAA